AUGAUCAUCCCCGUGCGCUGCUUCACGUGCGGCAAGGUCGUGGGCAACAAGUGGGACUCGUACCUCGAGCUGCUGAAGGCGGACUACUCCGAGGGCGACGCCCUCGACGAGCUCGGGCUGAAGCGGUACUGCUGCCGGCGAAUGGUGCUCACGCACGUCGAUUUGAUUGAGAAGCUCCUCAACUACAACACGCUCGAGCGCCGCGUGGUCACGGACCCGCAGCAGCAAUAA